AUAGCUCCCAUACCGUUCCUGUAGCAGCCUACCUCACCAUUAAAGAAACGAGCUAGCCAAGUGGAGAGAGAAGGGGGAGGGAAGGAAGGCAGCACUCAGCAGAGUCGCAGAGCUGAGAGAGCUAGCAUGACGUCGGGGGCGGCGCGGGCAGCGGGGGAAGCGGCGGCGGGGGACGGCGGGCUGGGGCGGACGCCGACGUGGAAGGAGCGGGAGAACAACAAGCGGCGGGAGCGGCGGCGCCGGGCCAUCGCCGCCAAGAUCUUCACGGGCCUCCGCGCGCUCGGCAACUACAAGCUCCCCAAGCACUGCGACAACAACGAGGUGCUCAAGGAGCUCUGCCGCGAGGCCGGCUGGGUCGUCGAGGACGACGGCACCACCUACCGCAAGGGAUACAAGCCGCCGCCGUCGUCGGGGCCGUUCGGUGGCAGCGGGGUGUCGUCCGCGGGGAUGAGCCCCUGCUCGUCCUCGCAGCUCCUGAGCGCGCCGUCCUCGUCGUUCCCGAGCCCGGUGCCGUCCUACCACGCGAGCCCGGCUUCCUCCAGCUUCCCGAGCCCCAAUCGCCUCGACACCACCAACAACCUCAACCACCAUCCCGCGAGCGCCGCCGCCUGCAGCCUCCUCCCGUUCCUCCGGGGCCUCCCGAACCUGCCCCCGCUGCGCGUCUCCAACAGCGCCCCCGUCACGCCGCCGCUCUCCUCGCCCACGUCCUCCUCCUCCCGGCCCCCCAAGAUCCAGAAGCAGGGCGGCUGGGGCGGCGACGCCGAGUACCCGUUCCGGCACCCCUUCUUCGCGCUCUCCGCGCCCGCCAGCCCCACCCGCGGCCGCCGCCACGAGCACCCGGACACCAUCCCCGAGUGCGACGAGUCGGACGUCUCCUCCACCGUCGACUCCGGCCGCUGGAUCAGCUGCCAGAUGGCGGCCACCACGGCGCCCACGUCCCCGGCAUACAACCUCGUCAACAACAACAACAACAGCAACCGAGGAGGCGGCGCGUCUGGGUCCAGCUCCAUGGAGAUCGAGGGGAUGAUGGCGGCGGCGGGGGAGAGGGGCCGUGGAGGAGCGGAGUUCGAGUUCGACAAGGGGAGGGUCACGCCGUGGGAAGGGGAGAGGAUCCAUGAGGUCGCGGCCGAGGAGCUCGAGCUCACGCUCGGCGUCGGCGCGAAAUGACGGCCGUCGCUGAGCACUCGUACUGUGCUGAAUGUCAGGUCUCGCCGGUUAUCCUAGGCCAUGAUAGAAAGCUGCUAUCUUUCAUGGACCUCGAGUUCGAGUACCAGCUGCAUUCGGGCUUUUCUCUCAUUGUAGGCGUAGGGGAUGAUGCAUCGGUUGUUCGAUUUCCUCAGACAAGAGAGAACCAGGGGAGAUCAGGAACAAUUGUUCGUCUCGGCUGAUCAUCGAUCGAUUGUUUCAUUUCAUUAUUCAUGGAUGUAGUAGCUUGAUUCGUUGUGUUCUUGUCUUGCAAUGCAUGUGUAUCUCCUCAAAAUGUGCGUUAGCUCAUGUGGAGAAGAGUCGAGCGGAGUUAGAAGUUGGACGGAGUUCGCUUUAAGCCAGCAAGUUCAUCU